GAGGAGCGAAGGCCGUCGCCGCCGCCUCCGCGAGGAAGUGACUUCAGCCGGCCUCCCGGGGGAGCCAGGGAGCCCCCGGCCCCGGGCCCCGAGCACCCCGCCCCGCCCCGUCCGGCCGCCACGUGCUCGCGGACGCAGCUGCCGCCGGGCUCCCGGGAGGUGCAGACGUGCGGCCGGCCCCGGGGCUGCUCGGGGCACAGGCGGCAUGGCAGCGGCGGCCGGCCCCGGGCUGGGCGGCCGGGCGGCGGCGGCCGCGCUGCGGGCUCUGUUGGGAGGCUGCCUGCGGGGAGCCCCGGCUCCCCGUCCUGCCGCCGGGAGCCGCGGCCGCCGCGCCCGGGGCUUGUGCACGGCGGCCGGAGCUGCCCCGGACAUGAAGAGUUACCUGUGGGAGCGCUACCGGGAGGCCAAGAGGGGCACGGAGGACCUGGUCCCUUCAAUUAUGAGCAACUUGUUGAAUCCAGAUGCAAUUUUCUCCAACAAUGAAAUGAGCCUGUCAGACAUCGAAAUCUAUGGCUUCGAUUAUGACUAUACCCUUGUCUUUUAUUCUAAACACCUCCACACCCUCAUCUUCAACGCUGCUCGGGACCUCCUCAUCAAUGAGCAUCGGUAUCCUGCAGAGAUAAGGAACUACGAAUACGACCCAAAUUUUGCCAUUCGUGGACUCCAUUACGACGUGCACCGGGCCAUAUUGAUGAAGAUCGAUGCUUUUCAUUAUAUCCAGCUGGGAACUGUGUACAGAGGGCUCAGUGUCGUCCCUGAUGAAGAAGUCAUUGAGAUGUACGAAGGCUCCCAUGUGCCGCUGGAACAAAUGAGUGACUUCUAUGGGAAGAGCUCUCAAGGAAACACGAUGAAGCAGUUCAUGGAUAUCUUCUCCUUACCAGAGAUGACCCUCCUUUCUUGUGUCAAUGAGUAUUUUCUGAAGAACAACCUUGAUUAUGAACCUGUGCAUCUCUACAAGGAUGUCAAGGAUUCAAUCCGAGAUGUCCACAUCAAAGGGAUCAUGUACAGAGCAAUUGAGGCCAACAUCGAGAAGUAUAUCUGCUACGCCGAGCAGACCCGAGCAGUGCUGGCCAAGCUGGCAGAUCACGGCAAGAAGAUGUUCCUUAUCACCAAUAGCCCCAGCAGCUUUGUGGAUAAAGGAAUGCGGUACAUCGUUGGGAAGGACUGGCGGGAUCUGUUUGAUGUUGUCAUCGUCCAGGCUGAGAAGCCCAACUUCUUCAAUGACCGGCGGAGACCGUUCCGUAAGGUGACCGAAAGAGGCGUGCUCCUUUGGGAUAAGAUCCACAAGCUGGAAAAGGGCCAGAUUUACAAACAGGGUAAUUUGUAUGAAUUUUUGAAACUUACUGGAUGGAGGGGGUCCAAAGUGUUGUAUUUUGGAGAUCACAUAUACAGUGAUCUGGCUGAUUUGACCCUGAAACAUGGCUGGAGGACGGGGGCAAUUAUUCCUGAGCUGAGAUCAGAAAUCAAGAUCAUGAACACGGAGCAGUACAUUCAAACCAUGACCUGGCUGCAGACCCUGACCGGCUUGUUGGAACAGAUGCAGAUUCAUAGAGAUGAUACGUCACAGAUGAUUUUGCAAGAGUGGAAAAAGGAAAGAAAAGAGAUGCGAGAAAUGACCAAGAAUUUCUUCAACUCCCAGUUUGGAAGCCUGUUUCGAACAGACCAGAACCCCACAUACUUCCUGAGGCGCCUGUCCCGGUUUGCUGAUAUCUACAUGGCGUCUCUGAGCUGCCUCCUGAGCUAUGAUCUCAGUCACACGUUCUAUCCCCGGAGGACUCCCUUGCAGCAUGAACUUCCAUCCUGGUCUGACAGGUCCCCAGCAGGGAACUUCAGAAUCCCCUUUACACAAGGGGUGGCCCAGGCCAAGUAACCAAAUAAACCACUCUAGGUGGGCGGACAUUGAAACAUUAAUACCAAUGAGAGCAUAAAUUUGCUUUUUGAAGCAAGUAUGAAUAUUGUAUUUUGCUAUUUAUAUGGUUUUAUCUGGUGAAUACAUUUCCUUGUUUUGAUAGGAUAGGAAUUCAGAAUUAACCGGUCUAACCCUCUUCUGGUCUAUAUCUCCUGAUAAUGAUAAUGGGAAUUAUGGAUAUCCAAAGGAGGGGAAAGUAGAUCCCCGAAGUUUCUGUUGGCUGAAAGAUGAGCUUCAUAUUGAAAGUCUGUUUAUUCAGCCCUUCAGUUUACAAAGACCUUGGAGCUUAAUUUGUUCUGGGGUCAAUAAGGCCCUCUUUGUACUACUUCUACAAUGUUGUACUUGUCUGAGUUUUGACAGUAUUGGAAUGACUGUGUUUCUUGAUCAUUCAUUCAUCAGUUCCCUAUUUGGGUACCUAAGAUGUACAAGGCAUUAUGGGAAAGACAAAUGUGUACAACUCUUUGUCCUUACUCUGAGAGGUUACGAAAAGGAGGCAGCAUAUUGUAAUGGAAAGAGCAGAAGACUUGUUUUUGAAUUUCACUUCUGGUACUGACUAGCUCUGUGACUGUAGGCGAAUCGAUUGAGCUCAUCGAGCCUCAGUUUUCUUCUCUGUAAAAUGGGAAUAAUAAUCCUUAUAGUAAGAGAGGGUGUAGCAGAUUGACCGCAAAGCCAGGAAGAAACAUCUCUGACAUAUACUGGCUUUGUGACCCUGGGUAAGUCACCUAACUGCUCAGUGCCCAUACUCUCUUAGACUAGAUUAUAAAUAUCAAAAAAGGCACCUGUAUUGGUAAAGGGAGUUUGCUAAACCAGUGAAAUCAUAAGUCCAAUCCUUAUCCCCUAUCUUAAUCCUUAUACUUCCUGCCUCAUGGAAUUGUCGUGAGUCUCAAGUGGGAUAAUAUGGAGUGUCGCAAAAGUCUUUAAGCUUAAAGCCGCACUAAGACUUUUGGGACACCCCACAUACAUAAAAUGCUCUGCAAACUUUAACACACUUUGUAAAUGCCAGCUGUUGUUAUAAUUGUAAAAUUGUAAUUUAGUCAAGUGGCGCGCUCACGCUUCACUGCCAGGUUGAAAGCUAGAGCUCAUCUCCCAAAUCUUUGGCUCAGAGACUCUUUUGGGUACUUGUCAUUCGACGUGGACAUACCCUGUAUUCUUAACACUUCAAAGAAAGUAAGCCCCGCUCCUGGGAGGACGCAAGGCAGGAGGAGGGAGAAGGUGACUGGCUUUCUCACUCUCCUUCAUCCUCAUUCAGCCACUUCCUUACUGGGAGCAAACCAAGAGUCUGAGCCAGUUCAGCCACAGAGAUUUAUUUUUCCCCUCAACAAAGGCAGAGAGAGAGAGAACUGUCUUGGAUAAAUGAUAGUUCCAGGUUGCCAAGGAGAAUUUGGGGCCACAGGUGGUUGUGGUUCCCAUUUAAGAAAGAUUAUAGAUUCAUGUGCAAAAUAAGAUGGCAAAUAGCAAAAAACCCCCCCAAAACCCAAAAAACCCAACAAAACCCUACGUCAUUCUCAUGGUUCAGUACUAAAGGUAGGAUGAAGGCACAGAUAGAAUCUUUUUGCAACAAAUUUAUGUGAUUCCCCCCGCCUCCCCAUAGUUUCCCUGUAAUUAAAUCUUAUUAAAAUAAGCACCCCGUUAGCAACACUAAUGCUUGCCCACAAGACCUGGGGAGGUAACAGACUAGAAUGAAAUGAACAUUGUGGGACUCCAGCUAGGGAGAGAGGGAGGAGGCACUUGCGUAUCAUCUUAGACCCUUUCCUUUGGGGUCUUUUUGUGUAUCUCCUCAGUGAGUGCUUUGGGAAUUUAGGUGGUGCCUGUUUUGUUGAUGGAAGAGUGCAGGGUUAGGGUGAAGGAUUCAGGGGUUCCCAACCUUUUGUUUGUGUCAUGAACACAAACUCUGAUGAAACCUCUGGAGUCCUCCUUGAAUAAUUCUGUUAAAUGAAUGAGUUAAAAUACAGAAGAUUACAAAAGAAACUGAGCAUAUUGGCAUACAGUUAGCAACAUUAAAAAAAAAAAAAGUUCACCCUGGGUGAAGGACCUCUGGGAUAGAGUAGAAACUCCUUGUGAAUGUUGCUUGUUUCAUGGUUCUGUAUUUGUAUUUUCAGCACCUGGGACAGUGCCUGGCACAUAGUAUAUGCUUAAUGUGGUGAUUGAAAGAAGUUUAAAAAGUUGAAUUCCCUUCCUGCAGUUCAACUCUAUUCUGUCUGCUUACAACGUAAAUGAUAUACAGCCAGGUUCUUUCUCCAAAAGAAGGAUGAGUAUAUGGCCAAGAAUCAUAGAAAGUACAAUGUUACUACUAAAUAGUAUUAUGGUGGAGAGGUGGAUAAGUGGGUUUGGAGUCAGGAAGACUUGAGUUCAAAUCUUACCUCAGACACGUGUUAGCUCUGAGACCCUGGGUAAGUCACUUAACCUCUGUCUCAGUUUCCUUGUUUAUAAAAUGGGGAUAAUGGUACCUAGCUAUCUACCUCAUGGGGUUGUUGUGAGGAUAGAAUGAGAUUUUAUAUAUAUAUAUGGAGACAGAGAGAGAUGGGGGGGUGCUUUGUAGGCCUUGAAGGGACUGCAUAAAAGUUAUUAUUAUAUUAUUAUUAUUGUUAAUUUUUCCUUGCAACAAAUUGUUUACAACAUGGUUUUACAAAUGGGAAUGCUGAGAAUUUGUCCAAUGCUGCCCUGCGAAAGGGACACUUUAUAGAGCAGGGCUUCUUAAACUUUUCCCACUCAUGACCCCUUUUCACCUGAGAAAUUUUUACACAACCCCUGGGUAUAUAGGUAUAUGAAAUAGGUGCACACAACCUUUUACUGUUGCCAAAAUUUUUGUUCCCCCCAUAUGAGGCUGCGAUUAGAGCCCAUGGCUAGGAGUCAACUUAAGAGGCUUUGAUCUAGAUGAUGUUUCCAUUCCUUUCUAGUUCUGAGUCUGUGAUCCUGAUGACUUUAUGUCAUUGGUCAGAGGAAGCCCAGGAGGUGUCAUGGUACAAUGGAGAGAACAUUGACUCUAGCGUGUAAGAGGACUUGGGUUUGAAUUCUACCUUUGAUGCUUAUUAGCUGUGCGACUUUGGGGUAGUCACUUAACCUUGCUGAGGCCUCAGUUUCUUCAUCUGUAAAAUGAAGUUGGGCUAGGUCACCUC